UGAAACCGAAACGAAAACCUGCUGCACUCUCAUUCGUGACGAAAGGAUGUACGCCCGGUUGUAGUCGAAUGAAUCCGUGUACAUCAUCACCCCCCCAGAUGCCACGUGGCUCUGGAUCCGUGGAAAACUCCACCCUGGAAUCUCACGGCCUGCAAUUGCUCGAGAUGCCUGGAAAGGAGGAAUACGAGGAGCUGCGCGAACUUCUGCAGUCGUGGGAUGUCGCCGAUCUGCUGCCCCACCUGCAAGAUGAAGCCAUCAACGUGGACGAGCUGCAGAUGAUCAAGCGUCAUCAUCUGUCCGAGUUGCUGCGAAACUUUCGCUUUGGAACCCGCAUUCGCUUCGAGCACCACUUGGAGCGCUGGCGCCGCUGGCUGAACGUACCGCUCCAGGGCGCCCAGGGGCAGGGAUCGAGCCACUGCUCCGGCUGCCGCUGCCCGGAGGUUCUGGGCCAGUCACAUUGCCAGGGACAGUCGCCGUUGCCCAUGGACCACCCUUCAGAGCAGGAUGAGGUACAUAAACUGGAAGAUCUGGCCAAGACAAUACCGGCAGAAUCGCUGGUGGCCCUCAGUGAGCACAGGGAGAUGCCGGUGCCCUUUCCAUUGCCCUUGGUUCAUCCGCCUGCGCAAAUAACCAACGACAUGAUGAUGGUCAAACAGGAGCUGUUGCCGAUGCAGCAAUCUAGGAAACAACCUGAAGCCGUACCGAUGGCUGGGUCUUCAGGAGGAGCCUCGCUCUGCAAGGAGGAUGCAAUUGCCGCUCCCGACCAAGAAGUUAGCAUUUUGGGCAUUCUGCGAUCCUCGGGUAUGAAGGCUCAGAGCUUGCUGGAGCGUAUUGGCCAAAACGAGCCGCUCGAUGCAGUGCAGCGCCUUUUGCUCAUACAACUGGUGUGCAGCUACUACGAGGAGAACCAGCUGCACCUGACCCUGCAGAGGAGUCACUUGCUGGAACGCGAGAUACUGCAGCUCUUCCCGCAGGAACAGCUCAGCUACUACCGCACCGAGCGGAGGGGCAAAAUCUACGUGAGAUUCACCAACAUGAAGCGAAGCAAGAGGCUCAGUUCGUCGCGCCAGGAGCUCAAACGACGCCGUUCCGAGCUGACAAGAGCGAUUCCAACUGGUCAAGUACACGAUGCUAGUGGUAAUGUGACCUUUGCGGGAGAACAAAUCUCCAGUCCAGAUCGCUCCGAUUGAACUGGCUUGUUAUGCAGUUAAGCAGCUGAACCCAAAGCCUUAACGCAAUGCUUAUCCUAAGUCUAAGUAGCUACUCGAUGUGUAAUUUCUUGACUUUAUAUCUGUGAACCGACCAUAUAGAGGGUAUUUUGCGGGUCGACGCGAUCCGCCGACUGACGAAACUAAAUCGAAACUGAAUUUUGGUUA